AUGACGACACACCUCCCGACAGGGGCGACCGUGUCACGGACACAAACGCCGUCGAACUUCAGCCAACCGACACACGACCACCAGGGACAACUGCUGCCGGGGAUCCUGAUGCUGCACGGCGGGGGGUCGAACGCGACGGUGUUCAAGAUCCAGUGCCGGCGGCUGAUCUGGAACCUGUCGAAGCAGUUCCGGUUCGUGUUCGCGCAGGCGCCGAUCGAAGGCACGCCCGGGUUCGGCAUGCUGCCCGUCUUCGCGUCCUGCGCCCCCUUCUACCGUUGGGUCAACCGCCGCUUCGUCGCCGGCGAGAGCGACGUCGAAGCCACGCCGCCCGAGGAGGUCGCGCGCGUCGACGCCAUCAUCCGCAAGGUCAUGGACGACAACGGCGGCGUCGCGAGUUUCAAGGGCGUCAUCGGCUUCAGUCAGGGCGCCAGGCUGGUUGCUGGAUUGUUACUGCGGCAGAAGAUCGAGGAGCGGGAUCGCCUUGGGGGCUCCGAGUGGAAGUUUGCGUUCGGGGUCAUGGUCGGUGGCCCUUUUCCGCCGAUCGCCUUGGCGGAUAAGGUCGAUCCGAAGGACUAUGAGUUGUUGAGGGAGGUGCCGACGCUGCAUGCGUGGGGUCGGGGUGAUCAUGUUAAGCCUGGGUGUGAGGUGUUGAGGAAGGCGUGUGAGAGUGAUGUUUGUUUUCACAUGGAUUUCGAGGGCGGCCAUCAUAUGCCGCUGACGGAUGUCGAGGCCAAGGAUCUUUGUGAUCUCAUCAAUGCCGCGUGGUUUGCGGGUGGGGGAACUUACGGUAUCAGUGCUGAUGAGUCGUAUUAA